AUCCCAUACUAUUUCCGCCGUGUUUCCUUAUCGAUGCGAUGUAGUUGGUUUACAUCGUCGCCUCCACAAAAAAAAAAAACAAAAAAAAACGAGACACUCUUCUUUUGCUCACUCGCCGGCCCCCACGCGAGGGACUCGGACAUGGCUGCGUGAAGAUUUGUCGUCUCCUCCGGUCGAAGCGUCAACUGAAGACACCAUGGCCCCGUGAGGCGCCCAUUCGCAGCGUUAUCAGCCGGACCGGACGCGCCGGUCGUCAUGGAGGCCGACUUGUCCGAGUUGUCUGCGUCCCUUCGCAAGGAGGACGCCGGUUCCAGCGAGGCGGAGGAUCCAGGUACGACCCAUCAAAGUCUCAAGCCCCAAGAGGAAGCCUCACUGUCUGCUUCGGUCAUGGCAGAGGAGAGCACCGAGUUCAUCCAGCUCGGCCGCGCUGAUUCAUCUCUGCCGAGCGACUUCCUCCCCAAGGCGGGCAAGUCGGCGUUGAACCGGCCUGCAGAGAACUCCUCCUCAUUGUUGUCCGCCACCGGACGGCGAAAUAAAACGCUUGCCCGCCGGACCUCGCCGCCCGGCUUUCUGGUGCGACUGGGCGUGCCCAGUAAGAAGUACCUGGCGUUGAUCCUGCAGGACUCUCGCUGCUUCCUGUUCUGCAUGUGCUACCUGACCUUCAUCCAGUCACUGAUGGUGUCUGGUUACCUAAGCAGCGUGAUCACGACCAUCGAGAAGCGCUACAGUCUUCGCAGCUCCGAGUCGGGCCUGCUCGUCAGCUGCUUCGACAUCGGCAGCCUCCUGGUGGUGGUGUUCAUUAGCUACUUCGGGGGCAGGGGGCAGCGCCCUCGCUGGCUGGCCGUGGGCGGUGUUUUCAUCGCAUUGGGCGCGGCCCUUUUCUCGCUGCCACACUUCAUCUCGCCUGCCUACCAAAUACAGGAGGUCAACUCGUCAUCGGGCAACGAGGGUCUGUGCCUGAGCGCAAAUGCCACCCGCAGGGACCGCGUAGAUAUGGCGUUCUGUCCGCGGGACCAGGAGGGCAACGAGCACAACCUGUACGUAGCGCUCUUCAUCGUGGCGCAGAUCUUGGUGGGCAUGGGAUCCACGCCCAUCUACACGCUGGGGCCCACAUACCUGGAUGAUAACGUCAAGAAGGAGAACGCCUCGCUCUACCUGGCCAUCAUGUACGUGAUGGGCGCUUUGGGUCCGGCAGCGGGCUAUUUGCUGGGUGGCGUCCUCAUUGGUUUCUACGUGGAUCCCAAGACGGUGGUUAACAUCGACCAAAGCGAUCCCCGCUUCAUUGGAAACUGGUGGAGCGGCUUCCUGCUGUGUGCGGUGGCCAUGUUGCUGGUCAUCUUCCCCAUGUUCACCUUCCCCAAGAAGCUGCCGCCGCGACACAAGAAGAAGAAGAGGAGGAAAAAGUUGACCUUGGAUGAGAUGUCUAGCGACGAUGAUGUCCUCAAGGAGAAGAGCAACAACAACAAAGCCGUCACAUCCUCCAUGGGCUUCGGAAAGGACAUCAAAGACCUUCCCAAGGCAGCCAUGAGGAUCCUCAGUAACGUGACCUUCCUAUUCGUCAGCUUGUCCUACACGGCCGAGAGCGCCAUUGUGACUGCCUUCAUCACAUUUAUCCCCAAGUUUAUCGAGUCGCAGUUUGGGAUCCCUGCAUCCAGUGCCAGCAUCUACACAGGCUUGAUCAUCGUGCCGAGCGCGGGCGUGGGCAUCGUGCUGGGCGGAUACAUCAUCAAGAAGCUGAAGCUAGGCGCCCGCGAAUCGGCCAAAUUGGCCAUGAUCUGCAGCGGCGUGUCGCUGCUCUGUUUCUCCACGCUCUUCAUUGUGGGCUGCGAGAGCAUCAACCUGGGUGGCAUCAACAUACCCUACACCACCGGGCCCACGCUGACGAUGACACAGAGGAACCUGACGGGCGGCUGCAACGUCAACUGCGGCUGCAGAAUCCACGAGUACGCGCCUGUCUGCGGCUCAGAUGGCAUCACUUACUUUAACCCCUGCCUGGCAGGGUGCAGCAGUGUCUCCAACGACAGCAGCGGCAUCCGCAACUACUCUGAGUGCGCGUGCGUACAGAGCCGCCAGGUCAUCACACCGUCAUCAGGAGGACCGGGCAGCAACCAGUUGCAGCUGGUCAUCGUCAAGACGUACCUAAACGAGAACGGAUACGCCGUGUCGGGGAAGUGCGAUCGCACCUGCGGGACCCUCAUCCCCUUCCUCAUCUUUCUCUUCAUUGUCACGCUCAUCACCGCCUGCGCGCAGCCCUCUGCCAUCAUUGUCACGCUGAGGUCUGUGGCAGAGCAGGAGCGACCGUUUGCGUUGGGAAUGCAGUUUGUUCUCCUAAGGACGCUUGCGUACAUCCCAACACCCAUCUACUUUGGCGCCGUCAUCGACACCACGUGCAUGCUGUGGCAGCAGGACUGCGGCGUGCACGGCUCGUGCUGGGAGUACGACGUCACCUCCCUGCGUUUCGUCUACUUCGGGCUGGCCGCCAGCCUCAAGUUCCUGGGCUUCCUCUUCAUCUUCCUCACAUGGUACUCCAUCAAGUACAAGGAGGAGCGCGUGGAGCGCUGGCUCAAGCGCCACCUGUCGCCCGCCGACACGGUGGGCAGCCUGGUGUGCCACCCGGGGGGCCGCAAGGGUCACGCCCGCACCCGCUCUUGCCCCGUCAACAUCCCGCGUAGCGAGCACACCGCGCCACCUCCCACCUGCGUGCCGCCGCGCGCCGGUGCCCUCAACCGCGGCGUCAGUACGCAAAGUUGCCCGGGGAACGAGUUGAAAGCCGUAACGCCGCCGCCAGCCCCCGCCGCGCCGGCGCGCUCCUUAGAGCAGGUGGCGGUGCGCGUUUGACCGCCAGCCGAUCAGAUGCCCAGUCAGCAAUUUGCGGAGCUAACACGAAAGUCUUGGCCAGCUGACUUUCUGUACAAUCGUGGUGCUGAAAAAAACAACAGCCACCACCAAUUGCCCCCCCACCCACCACCACCGCCCCAAACUGAACUCAGCCCACCUUCACAAUUGCAACACGAAUCCGCACACAUGGACAUGUUACUCAUCAUGACAUGGUGCCACACAAUACUACAACAUUUUUGGCACCUCGCCACUGUGUUAAGAUACCGAAAGGAUAAAGAAAUGGAUACAGUUUGCCUCACUUGGUACCAAAGUCACCGCAACUUGGUUCCCUCGAUCCAAUUUGUUUGAAAACCACAGUUAAUAGUUAGGAGGGGUAUCAAAGGAGGUGUUCCACUUUUUGGCACCCUACCUCAAUGAGAUUACAUUUCUUUUGCAUUUCAGUGGUCAAUAUUACACAAAGAGAGGUACAAUUGUAGCUUUACCACUUUUUGGAACCGUUUCUGGGUGUUAUGGUACCUCAAAGAAGGAGCUACAGAGUUUGGGGUAUUUUGGUACCCUUCAAAAAUGCUACAAAAUGUAAUUCCCAAGUAGCCAUCCCACUUUUUUGCCACCCUUUCCACGGUGUUAGGCUACGCAAAAGAUGGCGCUAGACAAGCUUUUACCCGCUUUUGCGAAGGGUACCAAAGUAACCAUAUAGCUUUUUAACACCCUACUACAGUGUUAAUGUACCGAAACAGGAAAGCGACAGGUAGAUGCACUUUAUUUCACUCUGGAUUUCAAUUUGUUUGAAUUUCCAUGGUCAAAAGUUGUGUGGGAUAUCAAAAGAGCUGUGCCACUUUUCAUCCACCUUUCUUGGUCUUCGGGUAUCCAAUGGUCGGAGCUUGACAGUUUGCUUUGGGAUUCAAUUUUCUUGCUUUAUGAUCGUUAAAAGUGCAAAAAGAUGCAACUUCCGACAGUGUUAUCAUACAUAAAUCAAGCAUUUUUUUUUUGGGACCCUUCACCAUUUUGACAAUGAACGUUUAUUAACCGUACUGCAUCAUUUUUUGGCACCUCUCACAGUAUUAGCAUAUCCAAAAGAUGAAGCUAGACGCACCUGAGUUCACUACUGCCGUGAAAGGAACAAAAGUAACCAUAUCACUUUUUGGCACCGUAUUGCGGCAUUUCAGGUACCUCUGGGACAAUGCUUGAUAUGGUUUGCUUCACUUUCAAAUUGUAUUUAUUGAAUUUCCAUAACCAAAACAAUUCUGUAAAGGGAGGGUACCAAAGUUGCUGUAUCAAUUUCUCCUACACAAGUUUUGACAAUGGAAAUGAAGUAACUGUACCACUUUUUUAGCACACUCUCACAUUGUUACGGUACUUAAAAGGCGGAGCUUGAUCGUUUGGUUCCCUUCACAACUUAUUGAAAUGAAGUAAGGGUGCCACUUUUUGGCACCGUUUCACAGUGUUUCUUGGCUUCGAUACCCUUCACAUUUUUUUCUCAAAGGAAAUGAAGUAACCAGGCCACUUUUUGGCACCCCGCCACAGCAGAACGAUUCUACAUGGCUAACACAUUUUUAAACGGUGGCAAUGCUCAUCAGCCAAUCACGUAGGAGAUGAUGUUGUCAGCUACUAAGUUUCACCGAGAAUUUGACAAAAGUGUGAUGUUCGGAUUGAGUGUUAGCCACUCGGCGCCACAAACUUUAUCGAGCCAAGCAAUUCCGAAAGCUGCCGAGAUAACAGGAAGUGAUUUUAUUUUAAGUCAGACGGUGCGUGCCAGAUGCCAAUUUACUAUGCUGGCAUAUUUUACCACCUGCAGCAAAUAUAGAAAGAGCGUAUGCGAUUUACUAAGUGCGCGAUAUAGAAGUCACAUAUGCAACUUGCUUGGUUAAUCAAGUGUUGUAACUCGCACACGCGACAUUCAUGCGUUCAUGCCGUCUUUUAAGCCUGUAUCUCACUGGGCAGCACUUGCAAACUUUUGCGGUACAGAUACAAUGUGAAUUUCUUUUUUUAAUCACUUCCUGGUCUUUGAUCAACUUACUUAUGAUCCUCGGGGACACAAAUAUACAUGGCCCGCGCGCGGGUGCAAUGCAUUGUGGGAGAAGCUACAGCUAUUAGACGCUGCUUUUUUUUUUUUUUUUGAGGAACACGACGUGAUUUUCAUCCUGUCACCCAGCCAAUCCAAACGACGCAUUUGAUUGGCUUCCAAAAGCAAAGUGUGCACAUGACCAGCAACCCGUGGCUUUACGAGACCACACCUCCUCUGCUGAUUGCUCGUCAAGUCUUAAGUGACACCUGCUGGUGACUUGUGGACCUACACAUGACAACAUGAAAGAUUUCAUCAUUGAACUCAUUCCCACCAUAAUGACCCUACUUGAGUCAUGUGAUCGUCAUGUGACCACCGGGUUGGAGUUGGAAAAAAAAGAAACAUUUCUGUAUUUUUGUUUGUUUUAUGAGGUCAUCUCACUGGGAUGCCGCUUUGGCGUCUCUCCGUUAAAAAUGUGAACAAAAGAAAAACAAAUAGUAAUAAUAAAAAGUCUUACCAA